ACUUAGUUUGAUGUUGCAACUUCCGCUUCACGUCUUUGAUCCGAGGCUUCCUUGAAUUGGAACCACGCGGGUCUCCGGCGUCUGUCUCGGGAGGUGCGAUGCGGCCCCUCACGGAGGAAGAAACGCGCGCGCUCUUCGAGAAGCUCUCCAAAUAUAUUGGUGAGAACAUCCAGCUCCUGGUUGACCGGCCAGAUGGUGCCUACUGCUUCCGCCUGCACAAGGACCGUGUCUAUUACCUCAGUGAGAAGAUUCUGAAGCUUGCUACAAACAUCCCCCGGGAGAAUCUGGUGUCUCUCGGCACCUGCUUUGGAAAGUUCACCAAGAGCCAGAAGUUCCGACUCCACAUCACUGCCCUUGAUUACCUUGCUCCCUACGCCAAGUACAAAGUGUGGGUGAAGCCUGGGGCAGAGCAGUCCUUCCUUUAUGGGAACCACAUACUGAAGUCUGGCUUGGGGCGCAUCACAGAGAGCACUGCCCAGUACCAGGGUGUGGUGGUAUAUUCCAUGGCUGACGUCCCCCUGGGCUUUGGAGUGGCAGCCAAGUCCACCCAGGAGUGCCGGAAAGUGGACCCCAUGGCGAUCGUGGUUUUUCACCAAGCGGAUAUUGGAGAAUACAUACGGCAUGAAGAGACGCUGACAUAAAUGGCAGGGCAGAAAGCCCCAAAGACUGACUUUCCUUCAGAUAGAAGCUGCAGGCUUUCAACCAGCCUGUGCCCCUUUUCAUGCAGACUGUGGAAGGCGCAA